AUGGAUACUCGGCGGGACUCUUUGCGGCUUCUCACAGGGUGGACACUGCAGGGGUACUCGGCGGGGGCUUCUGUGCAGGCUUCUCGGGAGGCGAGGAGGCGAGGAGACUUAGAAUCUCACGAGGGUGUUGUGGAAAAAUUGACUGGAACACCCCCUGCCCUGCAGGUCAAGGUGGAGGAAGAGAUCCGCAGCUUGGAGGAGCAGCGUCGGCAGGUUCUGCAAGAGCUUGAGGCUACUUCAACAAAGCUGGCCCAGGCUCGUGACAGUCGUAUGGCGCUGCUGCAGCAGCAUGCAGAAGUGACGGCAAAGCACCGCCAGAAGACCUCGCAGCUGGAAUCUGAGCUCCAGGACUUGCGACCGGCCGGUUUCUACAAGGUGCUGUCGCCUCGAGCCGCGAACAUGACUGAAGGUGAGCUGGUAGGGGCGCUGAAGCGCACCACCGAACGCUGGGCCCAGCUCCAGCGCCGUUUUGCCACGGCAGGGAAGGAGCGCACCCAGACCACGAUCGCCGAGCUCAAGAAGCGUGAGGAGGCCGUGGCAUUGCAGGCAGGUGAAGUGCUGCAACAUCAUGCCCAGCUGCAGCUGAACUGUUUCCAGGCAGCAAGCCGGGAGGUUGGUGAGGCGGUGGGGAGCCUCCUGGAUGUGGCCCGCGCCCGCGCAGACCUCAUGGCCCGAGGGCUCUCUCCUGAGCUCGAGGACGUCUACUCGAUUGCUGCAGCGCCGAGGCGUCAAGACAUGAGGAAACUCCGCUCAGCCUUGGCGGUGGUGGAGUCUGCGUGGCAGGAGGCUGCCACCCUUUGGGACUCAACGAACUCGGCGACGGGGCCGGUGGCCAAAGCCAAAGCGGAUCAGGCUGCCGGUGUUUUGCCGCAGCUGGAGGCCGCACGUGGGCGCCUUGCCCAGUGCUUGGGGGAACUGGAGCGCGCGGAUCCGGACCUGUAUGACCUUGCUAUGCUCGCUGCGGAUGAGGAUGUGGGCGAGUUCAUCGCCGCCUCAAGCGCUUCGAGUGGUCUUCCGCAUGGCUGGGAGGCAAUAACUGCCGAAGAUGGCGCGGUGUACUACCACAACCUCGUGUCAGGCACGACGCAGUGGGAGCCGCCAACGCAGGAUGCAGCGGUGUGCGCGGGAUGGAGGCUCUUCCAAGCGGAGGAUGGAGGAUGGUUUUACCACAAUCCCUACGACGGUCAUGGCAUCUGGUGGCCGGAGCUCCCGACCUACCCAGCAGCGCCGGACUCUCUCGACAGCCUGCGCAAGGACGUCUCAGAGGACUGA